AUGCCUGCUAGGAAAGGAGGCAGGCCAACCCUCAGUCAGGGUCUGGACCGUGAGGUCUACCAGAUCGUGCGCAAGAUUAUCGAUGACCAGCCCGAGACUGGUCGCAUUCGACUAUCGGUCUCAACAAUCUAUGAAACAAUUAAAAAAUCCAACUCGAGUUUAAACCGCAAACCGAAGAGAUUGAUUGAAGACAGUCUUGAACGAGUGUUGGAGGUUGUGAAGGCUGAUAUGGGUGACGAUGACGAGGACUCUGUAGCGGGGGACUUUGAGGGACUCGAGGAGCCUGCGGCUGCGGAGAGCAACGGAAUGAACCAGAGCGUCGUCGGCUCAUGGGCAACAACGAAGGCCAAAAAGUCCGAAUCUACCGCGAGUACCCCGGCACCCACCUCCACCAAGAGAAGAACGCAUGGCGGAGAAUCUUUGUCUAAGCGACGCAAAGCUGAGGCUGCGGAUCGAUCGCCACCAACACAUGUCAGUCUUGCUGAUCUGGGUGGACUGGACGAUGUUGUUCAGGAACUUGGAGACCUACUCAUUCUGCCCAUGACCCGGCCGCAAGUCUAUCUCUCAUCAAACGUACAGCCACCACGCGGAGUAUUGCUACAUGGCCCGCCAGGUUGUGGUAAGACGUUGAUUGCGAAUGCUUUCGCGGCGGAGCUGGGCGUGCCGUUCAUUUCCAUCUCUGCGCCCUCGGUCGUCUCAGGAAUGUCGGGUGAAUCCGAAAAGGCCCUGCGCGAGUACUUCGAAGAGGCAAAGCGUCUUGCCCCCUGUCUCAUCUUCAUUGAUGAGAUUGAUGCGAUUACGCCGAAGCGUGAGAGCGCACAAAGAGAGAUGGAGAAGCGAAUCGUCGCCCAGCUCCUGACCUGCAUGGACGAGAUCGCUCUUGAAAAGACAGACGGAAAGCCCGUCAUUGUGCUCGCGGCAACCAACCGCCCAGACAGCCUCGACGCCGCUUUGCGUCGUGGUGGGCGUUUCGAUAAAGAGAUCAACAUGACAGUACCCUCAGAGCCAGUCAGAGAACAGAUCCUACGUGCACUCACCCGUAAACUGCGUCUGGCAGAUGACAUCGACCUCAAGACGCUGGCCAAGAGAACCCCCGGCUUUGUAGGCGCCGAUCUCAACGAUCUUGUGUCUACUGCUGGUUCUGCCGCCAUCAAGCGGUACCUGGAGAUCCUCAAGUCCAACAGCGGCGAAGAAAUGGAAAUGGAAAUUGAAGGGGAAAAUGAGCUCAGCCCACGCGUCCGCGAGCUUCGCCGUUUAAUCAACCACGCCAAAGAAACCCCCAUUGGUGAAGAAACCGAAGUCGUCCUCGUCUCCAAUGCAGACUUCUUCACAGCCCUCCCUAAGAUCCAACCCUCCUCCAAGCGCGAAGGCUUUGCCACAAUUCCCGAUACAACCUGGGCUGAUAUUGGUGCUCUUGGCGGCAUCCGUGACGAGCUUGUCACCGCCAUCGUUGAACCCAUCAAGAACCCCGAUAUCUACGCAAAUGUCGGUAUUACUGCGCCCACAGGCGUUCUCCUCUGGGGUCCCCCUGGUUGCGGUAAGACGCUUCUCGCCAAGGCCGUCGCCAACGAAUCCCGCGCAAACUUCAUCAGCGUCAAGGGUCCUGAACUGCUUAACAAGUUCGUCGGUGAAUCCGAGCGCGCUGUUCGCCAGGUCUUCGUCCGCGCUCGCUCGUCUGUGCCCUGUGUCAUCUUCUUUGACGAGCUUGAUGCCCUCGUACCUCGCCGCGACGAUACACUCUCCGAGGCCUCGGCGCGUGUCGUCAACACUCUUCUCACAGAGCUUGAUGGCCUCGGUAGCAGUCGCCAGGGUAUCUAUGUCAUCGCCGCUACUAACCGGCCCGAUAUCAUUGAUCCUGCUAUGCUGCGCCCUGGUCGUCUCGAGACCCUUCUUUUCGUGAAUUUGCCUUCGCCCCUCGAGCGUGUGGAUAUUCUGCAGACUCUCGUCCGGAACUUGGCUAUUGAUUUCAGUGAGGAUUUGCGCAGACUUGCGGAGGAGUGUGAGGGCUUCAGUGGUGCUGAUUUGGGCAGUCUACUGCGUCGUGCUGGUUACUCUGCUAUCAAGCGUCGUGAUAGUAUCAAGUUCGUUGACUUUGUUGCUGCUAAGUCGUUUGUCCGGCCUAGUGUUACGGACUUGAAGAAGUAUGAGAAGCUUAGGAGGGACUGGAGUGGCGGUGUAGUCUGA